AUGUUUCGAUCGAAACUACCAGUAGGCAAAAAAUAUGCAUUUCUAACCAAACGAGCCAAACCUCGUAAAAUUGCAUCACGUUCGCCACUCAAAUUUUCUUCUCAAGAGUUUGAUCGUGAAUUUGGAUCAAGAUAUCAAAUAAUUGACAUUCAUAUUGGUGAUGUAAGACUGAUAUUAGAUCUUGUUGAAGGUGUUUGGAAACUUGUUGAACCGCCAAUUAGUCCCGAAGAACUAGUCGCAUUAGAAAAGCAAAGGUCUGAAUUAGACGAGGACAACGCUUAUCUUCGUGCUAAGUUAGACAUAUUAUUUGAAUUAGUCGCUGAAACGACUGCUGAAGCGGAACUUCGACGUGAAACUUCGAAAUCAUCACAAUAA